UUCAAUGACAAAUCGUUAUCACCAGGUUCGGAGCUUUGCUUCCAAAGACUGAAGCAUUGAUAUGACACCAUCAAAGUGCGAUGGCAAUAAUUCGAAGAACGGCAUUCCAUCGCCUUUAUCAUGGAGAGAGGCCAGAACUCGCCUCAAAACAAGUCUUCAAGAAUACCUGAGAACGUCGAUUAACACGGUCCAUCCUUCCGAAACGAAUGCAAAUUAUAGGCUAUCGACUCCUUUCUUAAUUUCCCUUUGCUACAAAUGGGAUUUGGAUGUCGUAUUCUGUGCCGUUUGCAUUUCGGUAGCACUUUUGGUCGUUUCUGCAUUGACCUUCACCUCCCAUAUCAGCAGCAACGACAACGAUAACAACGGAGGAGAAAUCUCAUUUGCUCGGUCGCAAUUGGCAGGCGCGACUCUCAUUUUUUCGGCAUAUAUCUCUAACGUCUUGCUUGUUGUGCGAUAUCGAUACUCGGCCUCCCACGGAACGGAGAGCUUAAAACGAAGAAUGAUAUCCAAAUUUCUUGAGGAACUCAACGAAGAAGAAGAUMGAUGCGUUAUCAAUAAUGUCGCAACAAUAGAACACGAAAAUAAUGGCAUCGACUUGGUUGGGACAUCUCUGACUGAUGUAUAUCCUGUAUAUCGUUUGAAGAACAUUUGCGCAGAGAAGAACGCUUGUGAGGGAUCUUGGAGUCGGAUUCCCACUCUGUUGUUGGUAAAAGGAGACAGAAUAGCUUUACAAGUUGGUGAUAGUGUCCCAGCCGAAUGCAGGGUUCUAGAAGGGAAGAAAUCAWUGACCUUCUUUCAAGUGGGGCAAGAAAUCACGCUAGAGAGCUCUUCCGGUGAAAGUGUGAGCUCUCUCGUUGAGGAACUCAGCCGGGGACGAACGACUCUUCCCUCACACGAUUCCGAUGGAUUGCUGAGACUAUGCAACGAUGUACGCCUCUUUGAAGUACUCGAAACUCCGCUAGAAUCAUUCCUGCGAGAACCACAGCGUGAAUCCAAAAAGACUCAAAUUUCCAGGCAGCUCGAUUCAGUUCGAGGCGCACUGUCAUUAGUUGCAAUAUUCGUUUUUGUCUGGACGACUGCCAUACUUCUGGGGCGAUAUCACCAAUUUUCCUCUAAUCUUUCUUAUUUGUUGCCAUCGCCAUUUCUUGCUGCUAUAGCAGUCUUGCCAGUGAUCGGUCCUGGAUGCUUAAUAUUCAUUGAGGCGUUGGGAACAGCAAGGAUUUUAGCAGCCUACCAUCCAAUAGCUAGUCGCACGCGAAUGGAGAAUUCUUCAGACGCAGCAUCUGGUAGCGUCAACGUUGAUCUUCUCAUUUUUCGAUACUUUCUUGCGACUUUAUCGAAUCGAUUAUCAUUAAAGGAUCUUGGCGAAAAACUAUACAAAAUUUUCCAACCCAUAUUUUGUCGAACCAAACAGAGCAAACCAAGAAGCUGGAAUUCAUCCAUGGUUUGGGUGCCUCCAGCAUCACUGAAUUUGGUAGAAAAAUUGGGAGUAGCAACUGCCUUCACUCUGGUUGAUGACGAGUUGGUUUGCGAACCGCAAGCCAUACCUCAACAGCUGCUGAUUCCAUCGGGAAAAGGCUUGAAACUCCUUGAUUUGUGCCCUACCUAUGAAGAUGAAAGCGAGGACGAAAGUGAGGGAGAAGAUUCCUCAUCUGUGGAUUAUCGACGAAACAGGCAACGAUCGUUUGAUGUUGAAAUGAACUAUGAUUCGGACUCGGACUCGGAUGAUGGAAUGAUGAAAGAUCAUCACCGUGUCCCUUCCAACAAAAAAAUCCGGAGACGUUUACUACGUAAAACGUUUCGUGUCAGUGCACAACGAGCUCGGGAGGCAGAAGAAGAUGACUCGGAUUCGGAGCUUGCAGACCAUGAGGUACAGUUCGAAGACCCAGGAUGGUGGCAAUUUCUUCCGUCCCUUAAAUGCAUUGGUCUUGCUUGCCACCUAGUAGACGAGAAAAAUAAAUUGCCGGCAAGAAGAUCUGAAGCUUCGUUAUCCGAAAGCCUGAUUAGCCAUGAUUUGCAAUCAUGCAAGGCAGGACUUGCUCGCCUCGUGUGCAAAGAGCGAAAUAGUAUGCAGUUACGAUCACUUGCGCGAUGCAUUGGUUUUUCCACGAAGAAAAACAACUCUGGAAGCAGAGGAGAUAUAAGUCCCUUCUCUGAAAAACACCGUUUGCACAUAGUUGAUAUAGCAAGACUUAGGGAAAGGUUCAAAAUUGAUUCUCACGAAAGAGGAUCGGAGGAAUCUAGAUGGUGGGGCUUGCUCCGUGCUGAUUCUACCUCUGUAAUUGUACAAGACAGCCGCUACGGUGCAUAUCAACUUUUGACGGUGGGGGAUCCAAAGGUUGUUACUCGUAUGUGUCAUGAGGCCUGGCAGGGCGAAAAUUCCACAAUCCUCCCUUUAUCAUCUCAUGAUCGGUCAACUAUUUUGGAAACUAGUGAUAGUUGGAAGCUCUCAGACUUAGAUGUCGAGGCYUUUAGCUAUGCGCCGAUUCCGCAUACAUUUGAAUCUCGAUGUGCAGAAAAUAUGGAGUCAACAGUACGUACAUUUGCAAAACAGUCUACAUAGUUUCUCUGCACAGACGACAAAUUUGUUUUCGAGCUUGCUCACGUCUUCUUGAUUCUUUUUGACGAUUAGUUUUAUUUGAUGGACAAUGAUCCACGGAGUGAGGUGUUAUUGCCGUUCCAAAAAGAUAAAAAAGGGGCGUCAGCGGAAUGGACAAUGCUGCAGAACCAAAUAUUCCUGGGCAUUCUCGGAUCUAUCGUAAUUCCUAGAUCUGAAACUCAGGGAUUGUUGAGCACUUUGCAAGAUGCUGGAGUCAGAUUUGUGUACUUCUCACCCCGAAAUAUGAGACGACAAAAAGAGCUUGCAUCUCAAAUGGGAAUUGACGUCGCUUGGAACUGCGCAAUAUCAUUACGGACGCUUGUGCAGGGUGAAGACGACCCGCACAGAAUGGUAUCAAACUAUGCAGAUUGGGACGUCAAUGCUAAACUUCCUCAUGGUGUCGAUAGUGUUCGAAGACACCUAAAAGAUGUGGACAAUGUACCGCUUUUGGUCAGUCUAUUCACGGAUGCUACAAAAGAUACAACGGCAGAAAUGGUAAGAAAUUGAAUUGCAGUCAGCAAUCGACGACAAUGCCCUUCUUCUUUUUCAUCUGACCACCUUACAAUUGGUGUUGGGCCACAAUGCAUCUUCCUGAAGAUUGAUAUUUUCCAAGAAUAUAACGAUACAGUGAUAGCUGUGGGAGUAUCACACUUGCCAAGAAAUUCAAAAAUAUUCUCUACAUCUGAUCUUGCCAUUGGAGUUGAUAUGCUAAGCGAAUGU